CUCUCUCUCUCUCUCUCCAACUAUAUAUACAUAUAUAAACAUGCUCUGUAUCUAUAUAUUAAUCGUUCUUUAAAUCGCCUGUGUCUCUUUCUCUCUUGAUCAGGAUCACUUUGUUUAUUUUGUUUUCUUGUUUCACAGUGUUUUGCAAAAACUGCUUUUUGGGUGUCCUGUUCAGACAUCCAACCGUCAUGCUUCACUGUUCAAAAGCUUAAGAAGAGCUCAGGACCGCUCAUUCUCUUUAGAAAACACAACUGUUUUUUUGCUUUUUCUAUUUUGACAAUUCAAGCUUCCUAACUUGAGCCAACCAGACCCACUCUUUGAAUGCUUUCUGCAGAACAGAGAGCGCUUUUGAUCUUAGCUCUCGGGAAACUGCUUUGCUUUUUAUCGAAACGUUCUGGGUGUUGAAUCGUUACUUGAUUUGGGUUUUUGUUCAUGAGAAGACAUUGCAUUUCUCAAUUUGAUUAGCAAAGAUGAAAACAGAGGAAAGUGAUUCGAUGGUUCAGAACGCGCUUAAGAGUCUCUGCCGCAAUUACGGAUGGUCUUAUGGUGUUUUUUGGUGCUUUGAUCAGCGAAAUUCCUUGUAAGUAUUGUUGACUAUGGAAGAUGCUUAUUAUGAAGAGAAAAUGGGGAUUGUCAUUGACAAUAUGCUUCUGCAAGUCCACAUGCUCGGCAACGGUGUUGUUGGCCAAACUGCUUUCACUAAGAGACACCGAUGGAUGUUCUUAGAUGCUCUUUGUGGAGGACAGAAUCGCGUAGGUUCUACAGAAAAUUGGGAUAUGUUCCAGGAUGAUUCUGAGAUUCAUUGCCAAUUUGCCUCUGGAAUAGAGACAAUUACUGUAAUAUCUGUGGAUCCACGUGGGGUGGUACAGUUUGGUUCUACCCGGAAGAUUCCAGAGAGGAUGGAAUUUGUGGAUCAGACAAGAAGACUGUUUCGAGAGAUAGAAAACGGAAAUACUUUUAUUUUACCAGAAAAUAUUCCUUCAUCUUCAAAUGGUGAAGUUUAUGGCCGGAGUGGGUUGUUUGCUUCCUUAAUAUCAUCUGGAAAUUCGUUUACUGGGCUGAAACCUAUAGGUGCAAGCUCUGAAAAUUAUAUGGGAACAAUUUGUUCUUCAACUGAUCUUCCACGAUUAUCCCCAUUCACUUCAGACCAUACAAGGAAGAACUCAUCUCAUCUUGGAAACCAAUUGCAAAUGGCUAGCGCAGAAAUUCCAUUCAAGUUAUCUAAUAAGUCUAGUUUUCGGUUACAGCAGCCACUUUCACAGUCAACCACUUAUUUUGAUCACUCGGCUGCGCAAUCGCCUUGCAUUAGUACAUGGAGUAGUGGACACUCUUCUCUGACUUCAAUUGGGCAACAACUUCCAUCUCAAACAAGAUUUCUGGAAGCUUCACCAGUAUCAUCAGGUCUGAAUGGAGCUGAGGUUCUUGUCAAAAUCCCAGUAAAUCAUCCAUCUUAUUCUAUGCAAAGUUCCAUCACAAAUAUAUUUAAUUCCGAUGGAGACAAUAAUUUUUUAAAUGAUUAUAGUCUUGGAAAUGACAUGUUUGAUGGUUUGGGAGUAGAUUUUGAGCAUGGACAGGCAGAGAAUUUUUUGGAUGACAUUCUGAUCCCAGCAGUAAGUGGUGGCCACCUGGAUUUUAGUACAACUGAUGCUUCAGGAAAAAGCAUCUGCAGAGCGUCGUGUUGGUUCCAUGGUUGGCCCCCAGGAAAUGUUAUUCUCCAAAUUAGGACUUCAGAAGUUUUUGGAUGGUAUUGGUGGUAGUUCUAAUUCCAGUGCCAGCUCUGGUUUGGAGGAUGAAUUAUCCUCAGAAAGUAAAAGAAAAUUGGGAAAUUGCUCAGUUAGUGGUGAUCAAAUGCAGUCGACAAGCCCUCCCUACUUUGGCGAGAACAUGAACUCAUUGCAGCCCAU